UGAUGCAAAUGUGACCGUGAUCUCUGCUCGGUUGCUUUCGAGAUGUCGUUGAAUUCGGGAGGGUAUGUGGUUUCAAGGCGCUUCCUUCUAGUGCUAUCAGUUCUCUUCAUUUCACGGGUUAAUCUGGUUAGAUCAGGCGAUGCAGAACCGCUUCUUGCUCUCAAAUCAGAGAUUGAUCCGCUGAAUUCCUUGAAUUGGCAAGGAAGUGGGGUGUGCCAAUGGCAAGGAGUCAAAGAGUGCAUCAAUGGGAGAGUCACCAAGCUUGUGCUUGAGCAUUUGGAUUUGAGCGGCACUUUAAAUGACGACAUCCUCAACCAGUUAGGCCAAUUGCGCGUGCUUAGCUUCAAAGGCAACUCCAUAUCAGGCCGAAUCCCCGGUCUCUCUGGCCUCGUCAAUCUCAGAUCUCUCUAUCUCAACGAUAACAGUUUCACCGGCGAGAUCCCGAGCUCCCUUUCGGAGCUGAACCUCUUGAAAGUGAUAGUCUUGGCCGGUAAUCGACUUUCCGGGACUAUACUGGAGUCUUUUCUCCGAUUGGGUCGGCUCCACACUCUCUAUUUGCAGGACAACUUAUUUACUGGGACCAUCCCUCCAUUCUACCAAGCCGGUCUCGCGUUCUUUAACGUGUCUAACAAUCGACUAUCCGGUUCAAUUCCCGCGACUCCUACCCUGAUGAGAUUCAAUGCUUCAUCGUUCUCGGGCAAUAUAAAUCUCUGCGGUGAACAAGUCCAUGUGGCGUGCAACAGCAGCGUGUUACUGGGGCCUUCAAUUAGUCCUGCGUACCCUCCUAUUGCGCCGAGCUCUAAUGGGUCGGGUAGAAGAGCAAAGCCAAUGAAGAUCGUUUUAGGGACGGUAGGUGGACUAGUGCUGCUCAUAAUCAUUUUCGGCUCAUGGAUGGUCUCGAAAAGUCGUGGCGAGAGCAAAGCUUUGGGGGAGGCAAGAGGCAAAGAGGGCGUGAGUGAAGCAGCAGAAAGCGAGGAAGAGCCGAGUAGAAACAGAGGCACUAAUGGUGGGAUACAAGGCGGGCCUGCGUUGGGAGGCGAAGAGCUGGAGGCCGGGGGUCUGGUGUUCUUAGGAGCAGGUGAUCAGAGGAUGAGCUACAGCAUAAAGGACUUGUUGGACGCAUCGGCGGACAUGCUUGGAAGAAGCACGGUGGGGACUACUUUCAGGGUGGAGAUCAACUCGGAGUAUACAGCAGCCGUCAAGAGGCUGAAGAACGCUAACUAUCCGAGCAUGGACGACUUCAGGAGAAGAAUGGACGUGCUCGGGCGACUCAGGCACCCGAACUUGGUGCCGCUGCGGGCCUAUUUCCAGGCCAAAGAGGAACGCCUUCUCGUCUACGAUUAUUAUCCUUACGGCAGCCUCUUCGCGCUGAUUCGCGGUACGCUCGGAGGUGAAAAGCCUCUUCACUGGACGGCGUGCCUCAAAAUAGCCGAAGACGUGGCCACCGCGCUUCUCUACAUCCACCAGGACCACGGUAUAACCCAUGGAAACUUGAAAUCUUCCAAUGUGUUGCUCGGUCCCGACUUCGAGGCAUGCCUGGCGGAUUAUGGUCUCUCCUCAUUCCAGGAUCCGAAUUCUCCUGAAGAGCCGAGCACCGUUUCACUAUUCUACAGAGCUCCCGAAUGCCGAGACAUACGCAACCCAAUCACACAGGAAGCGGACGUCUACAGCUUUGGCAUCCUGCUGCUGGAGCUCCUGACGGGCAAAACGCCGUUCCAGGAACACGGGUCCGAUUUGCCGGGGUGGGUUCGGUCGAUCGGUGAAGAAGAAAUGGAGAACACGGGCGAUUCCAAUCUAGGCAGGGGCGUGUACGAGGAAAAGCUCGAGACGCUCUUGAGCAUCGUGAUGGCUUGCCUCUCCCCCGCUCCCAACAACCGGCCUUCGAUGGGGGAAGUCCUGAAGAUGAUCCGAGACUCGAGGACGGGAUCCGAAGCGUCCUCCGGCCGCAGCGACCAGCCGUAG